AACAGUGCAGCUUCCAUCUGUCCUACUCACAACGAGAGCGUCAUCUAACACAAUCACGCCAUCUUAUUUACAACCGUCACGUACCGUCUCCUCAUAAUGAUUCUGUCAAUGAUAUUCGCCAUUCUGAUCAUUGGGGGCAGCACACGUCACAGAGAGACAGAAGCACGCCUUCAGAAGAUACCAUGUUCCCCAUGCCACUGCACCAGGACAACUGACGGGGAUAUCCACGCAGAUUGUUCAAAUAAACAUUUACACAACAUACCAUACUCUCUUCCUACAAAUGUCACACAAUUGAAUAUGACGAAUAACCUCUUGACCAAACUCCCCGAUGACUUACACCUAUUCUCCCAUUUAAAACAUCUGGAUUUGUCGAAGAAUAACAUUAGCAGUUUGAAUGAUAGCUUCAAAGGUGUUGUAACAUUGCUCAGUCUAAAUCUCCACGGCAACCAACUCACUCUGGAGAAGGCCACAUACCCGAAAGGAACAUUUAAAUAUCUGGAGAAGCUUGAAAUCCUCGACAUAAGUAGUAACGUAUUGGUCACGAAUUCAUCGUAUCCUGAUGACAGCUUUGGAGAUCUUGUCUCUCUGCAGACGUUGGUGGCGGAUGGACUCGAGAACUGCACCUUUGGACAAGGCUUUGCCAGAUUAAAGAACCUUACAACACUGAACAUAUCAGGCCGAAGGGGACAUUGCUCCAUCAAUCGUUUGUUAAAUGAGUCAUUUCUCGAUACACCUCACCUUAGAAACCUAGAUAUAAGUAAAUGUAAAAUAUCAGAUAUUGAUGUUGGUUCGUUUCUUCCUUUGAGAAACAUUGACACUUUAGACAUGUCAGAAAAUGAUCAUCUAGGGUUUAAGACGUUUGGUGACUCUAUGUUUGGCCUUGUGAACUCGACGUUAAGAGUACUUAGGCUGAAUAAAAUCACAAGCAGUUAUGCCAUCGGAGUUCAGAUACGGAGGACACAUGUCCGUUUCUUCACCAAAAUACAUGUAAAAGAGAUGUAUCUUGACUGCAACAGAAUUGAGAACAUAGAAGACACUGUUUUUCAUGUUUUACCUUCAGUUGAAGUCAUCUCCUUGAAAAAUAACCAUCUCCAGCUUGGAGCUUACUCAUUUGCUACAGAUCAAUUUGAAGCUGUUCCAAUACGUCUUCGGAAUCAGAUUGCUGUAAUUAUGAAGGAAAGGAAAGACAAAUUUCACAUCAGAAUGAGGGGCAACAACCUUAAGUGUACAUGCGAUAGUCUGGAUGACUUGGAGUGGAUGUUGAAACAACAUGUAGUCAUAGAUGAAGCAUCUGAUACAGCAUGCAGCCUAUCAGAUGGAACCGAGACGUCUUUGGACAAUCUUAACAACCUUGUACUUGAUCUUCAAGAGAGAUGCAAGGCUGUCAUUCCAGUGAUAUUUGGAGCAGCCGCGGGACUCAUUUUGUUUCUGUCAGCGGUAGUAGGUGGCGUCAUAUAUCGCUACCGAUGGAAGCUGAGAUAUUUGUACUACACAACCAGAAGAAAGUACAGAGGUUACCAGAGACAGAUGGGUGAAGAAGAACACUUCAUAUACGACGCUUUUGUCUCAUAUGCAGAAGAGGACAGGGAGUUUGUUGUGCAGGACAUGCAGAACAUCCUGGAGAAGAGAUUUGGAUUAAGACUCUGUAUACACCAGAGGGACUUCAUGGUUGGUGAGCCAAUCACUGCCAACGUAGUAAACGCAAUACAGUCGAGCAGGAAGACUAUCAUCCUAUUAACUCCGAACUUCCUUGAGAGUUCCUGGUGUGAGUAUGAGGUCCACAUGGCCAAAUUUGAGAGCAUCCACUCUGGGAGAGAUAUCUUUUGUGUAGUAUGGCUCAUUGAUGUACCUGAUACCAGAAGGAUCAGCAGAGACGUCUUAGAUGAAAUUGAGCAUGGUACCUACAUCAAAUACCCAGCAGACGAAGUGGACAGAGAAGAGUUCUGGCAGAAGAUCAAGGCAGCCAUAACAUUCUAA